UUCAAAAAGCGUGGGACUAUGUGUGUGCGUGUGUGUAUGUGUUUCAGAGGCUAAGGAAUAGUUUAGGAGAGACUAGUACAAAAUUAACCCGUGCUCGUUGUGAUUGUGUGCACAGUGAGGUAGAUGUGUACUCUGAGAUUUAGGAGUUUGCCUGAGUGUUCACGUGUUCAUAUUGCUGUUGUCCUGCACUGGUCAACGCAGCUCUGGCGUGUACGUGCUGGCCUUUCGGCAGAAAAGAAUAUGACAGACACCUAGCAUCUCCCAACGGCAUGGCAACAGGAUAUCCGGACCCUAAUAUAAAUAACCAUGGCCUGAGUCAGGGGGUGAAACCACGCUUCAGUGGAGGGAUGGAGCGGCCGCCCGGGACGCUGGAACGUGUGCUCAAAGUCUUCCACUAUUUUGAAAACAGCAGCGAACCCUCCACAUGGGCCAGCAACAUCAGACACGGAGAUUCCACUGAUAUCAAGGGGAUCAUCCAAAAGAUUGUGGACAUCCACAAGGUGAGGUGUGUUGCAUGUUUUGGCUUGCGGCUCAGCCAUCUGAAAACAGGCGAGAUUCACUGGCUCCACCCGGACAUGGGCGUCUCGCACGUGAGGGAGCGAUAUGAGCGCCGCCACCCACAGGAUGAGUGGAGGUACGAGUUGCGGAUACGCUACCUGCCAAAAUCCUUCCUAAAGCAGUUUACUGAAGACCCACCAGCACUAAACUACUUUUACCAUCAGGUGAGAAGAGAUUAUAUGAUGGAAGUAGCUGAUCAAGUCGAUCAGGACAUUGCACUUAAACUGGGCUGCCUUGAAAUCAGGAGGUUUUUCAGAGAGAUGCCAGGAAAUGCCCUUGAUAAAAAAUCCAACUAUGAAUUACUAGAAAAAGAUGUUGGUCUAAGAAGAUUUUUCCCCAAAAGCCUGUUGGACUCAGUCAAGCCGAAAUCAUUACGGAAGUCGAUCCAGCAGACCUUUAAGUUGUUCGCCAAUCUUAACGACGAGCAGAGCAUUGUCAAGUUCUUUGAAAUCCUGUCACCAAUUUACAGAUUUGACAAAGAAUGCUUUAAGUGUGCUCUUGGGUCCAGCUGGGUGAUAGCAGUAGAGCUUGCCAUUGGCCCUGAGGAAGGAAUAAGCUACCUCACUGACAAAGGCUCAGCUCCGACACAUCUGGCCAACUUCACACAGGUGAAGAGUAUUCAGUUUGAGGAACAGGAGAAGAAAGGCAUCCUGCAGCUGGACGUAGCUGGUGCAGCAGAGCCUCUAAAGGUGACGACCACGUGCGUGAGCACCGCAGAGAACAUGGCCGACCUUAUCGACGGUUAUUGCCGUCUCGUCAACAAAACCUCUUUAUCCUUCAUCGUCCGUGUGCACAAAGAGGGAGAAAGAGCAUUGCCUUCAAUCCCAAAGGCUCCAAAAGCCUCGAAUCAUGACAAACGACUACAGAGCGUCAGGGCCAAGGCCGUCUCUGUCUCAGAUGAGAUCAGUGGAGACGAGACAGACGACUAUGCAGAGAUUAUAGAUGAAGAGGACACAUACACCAUGCCCUCCACCAGGGAUUAUGAGAUCCAGAGAGAGAGAAUCGAGUUGGGCCGCUGUAUAGGAGAAGGCCAGUUUGGAGACGUCCACCAAGGAAUAUACGUUUGUCCGGACAGUCCUGGCCUCUCAGUGGCCAUAAAAACUUGUAAAAACAGUACGUCAGACAGCGUCCGAGAGAAAUUUCUCCAGGAGGCCUUAACAAUGCGCCAGUUUGACCAUCCGCACAUUGUGAAGUUGAUCGGCGUCAUCACAGAUAAUCCAGUGUGGAUCAUUAUGGAGCUCUGCACGUUGGGAGAGUUGCGCUCAUUCCUGCAAGUGCGGAAAUACAGCUUGGACUUGGCAUCACUGAUCCUCUAUUCCUACCAGCUCAGCACGGCACUCGCCUACUUGGAGAGCAAACGCUUUGUGCACAGAGACAUAGCUGCUAGGAACGUGCUGGUGUCAUCUGUAGACUGUGUGAAACUGGGUGACUUUGGUUUAUCCAGAUACAUGGAGGACAGCUCUUAUUAUAAAGCCUCUAAAGGGAAGCUGCCUAUUAAAUGGAUGGCACCAGAAUCCAUAAACUUCAGACGCUUUACAUCAUCCAGUGACGUGUGGAUGUUUGGAGUGUGUAUGUGGGAGAUAUUGAUGUACGGAGUGAAGCCAUUUCAAGGUGUGAAAAACAAUGAUGUGAUUGGCCGGAUUGAGAACGGUGAGCGACUGGCCAUGCCACACAACUGCCCCCCAACCCUAUACAGUCUGAUGACCAAGUGCUGGGCUUACGACCCGAGCAAGCGGCCUCGCUUCAACGAGCUCAAAGCACAGCUAAGCACCAUCCUCGCGGAGGAGAAGGCGCAGCAGGAGGAACGCAGUCGGAUGGAGAUGAGGAGGCAGGUGAACGUGUCCUGGGAUUCAGGGGGAUCGGAUGAGGCGCCCCCCAAACCCAGCAGGCCUGGUUAUCCAAGUCCACGCUCAAGUGAAGGCUUCUACCCCAGUCCUCAGCAUAUGGGCCAGCACAAUCACUUUCAGAUGGGAGGCUACCCUGGCCCUCACACCAUGCCCUCCAUGCCCAGUGGGUUGUAUCCUCCACAGGCUUCAGGCAUGGGGCUCGACCUCCACGACAGCUGGAAUCAUCACAGAGCUGCUCAGGACCAUGCCAUGUGGAACCCCAACAUGGAGGACGGUGCUGUGCUGAGGCCUGGCAUGGGCCAGUCUCUCCCUCCUCACCUGAUGGAGGAGCAGCUGAUGUUGCAGCAGCAGCAGAUGGAGGAGGACCAGCGUUGGCUAGAGCAAGAGGAGCGUUUAAUGAAACCAGACUCCAGGAAUUCCAGAGGCAGUAUAGAACGAGAGGACUGCAGUCUCCAGGGACCAACAGGAAACCAGCACAUCUACCAGCCAGUGGGGAAAGCAGAUCAUGCUGUUCCUCCUAAGAAGCCUCCUCGUCCCGGAGCGGUGGGGCACACAGGCAGCGCAACCUGCCCUAACACUGCAGACAGCUACAAUGACGGCGUCAAGAUCCAGCCUCAAGAGAUUAGCUCCCCCCCUACAGCUAAUCUGGACCGGUCCAACGAUAAAGUCUAUGAGAAUGUGACGGCACUGGUGAAGGCUGUGAUCGAGAUGUCGAGUAAAAUUCAGCCUGCUCCUCCUGAGGAAUAUGUGCCAAUGGUGAAGGAUGUAGGUUUAGCACUGAGGAAUCUACUGGCCACGGUGGAUGAGACGAUUCCCUUGCUGCCGGCCCACACACACCGAGAGGUGGAGAUGGCUCAGAAGCUGCUGAACUCUGACCUGGCUGAGCUGAUCAAUAAGAUGAAGCUAGCACAGCAGUAUGUGAUGACGAGCCUGCAGCAGGAUUACAAGAAGCAGAUGCUGACGGCUGCUCACGCGCUCGCCGUCGACGCCAAGAACCUGCUAGAUGUGAUCGACCAGGCCAGGCUGAAGAUGUUGGGCCAGGCAAGGCCACACUAGAGACGUUUGAGCCUUACUACUCACCAGCACAGAACUACUAAACUAGCACACAGACAUGAUGCUCAUAACACUCCAUGUUCUUGCUCCAGCCUGCCUGCCGGGAGCACAGCAGGGUUUUUAUAAAGGAGUGGCAGAAUCAGGAGCUUUCUUAGCGGGAUCUGCAUUUGGACUCCUGUAUUAUAAUAACAAACUAGGAAAAGAUCUGGAUUAACGAUGGAACGUAAUCGCCGCAUCAUUGUAUAGGUCUGUGGAUAACAGAAGACGUCCUCACACUGUAUUUACCAGUCCUGUAUCUCAUUGGUGAGCCACUGCUCCACAACUACACUUAACAAAAUGGAGAACCAGCUCGACAGGACCUUUAUGAACAUGCACCAGUGUUUCAGAAACUGUAAAGAUCUAAUCCAGUGUGUUUUGUCUGGAUGUGGAGAAAAGGCCAUAUGUGCCUCUCCACCACUCUGAAGGAGGGAGUUGUAUAUUUUGGCCAUGUGCCACCUAGGAUGAAAAUAAAGCUAUGUCUGAAACAAAAGUAACAA